AUGGCGACAUUGACUCCUAUCGGCAAUGUGAACAUCAGAGUUCUGGUCAACGACCAGCUCGAUAAUAUCGCCCCCUCAUGGAACGACCAGGUGGCAGCGCCAGGUCUCUUCUCCCACGUUCCGCUCAGAAAACUUGACGAAGAGGAGAAGCUCGGGAGAGCCGGUGCAGAACAUGAGCUACAUCUACCAAAUAGUUGCUGCGGAGCCCAUGGACUGAGUUUGAUGAUUACGGUGGGCAAGGAAGACUCGAAACAUACAAUCUUAUUCGAUGCAGGACCCGAGGGUGGGCUUGAAAAGGCGAUUGGUCUCAUCAACUCUCACAAGCCUGAGAGCAAGGGGCCGGUGGCGGUUGAUCUCCAUCCAAAUCGACCAGAAUUUCGUGGGAUGAUGACUCCUCGCGGGCCGGUAACGCUGGAAGCGGACCCGACAAUAGCACAACUCGAGACAGCGGGUGCAAAGAUUGAUCUGAAUACCGAUGCUCACGCAAUUUUGGGGCAGAUGUUCUACGUUUCAGGCGAGAUCCCACGCACGACCAGCUACGAGACGGGCAUCGCCAACGGAAUCCGCCUCGACACAAAGGAGGUCGGGUGGCAGGAAGAUCCGCUCAUCAUGGAUGAGAGAUUCGUCAUGUGCCAUCUCGAAGGCAAAGGGCUCGUUGUCUUCACCGGCUGCAGUCAUGCGGGUGUUGUGAACGUUAUGAGGCAUGCAGUCGAGCUGGGUGGCGGCAUUCCCCUCUUCGCCAUAGUGGGUGGCUUUCAUCUGACGGAUGCCAAUAUCCAGAAACUAGAGAGCACCGUUGCCGAUUUCAAGCUUAUACAGCCUACUGUAAUCAUGCCUGGUCACUGUACCGGUUGGAGAUUCCAGGUGGAGUCCGAGAAGACUCUGCCGGGCAGGGUUGUUCCUCUCUAUUGUGGUCAGAAGUAUGGCCUGACGAGCUGA